AUGUCUGGUAGAGUAGAUGGAUCUAAACUACCGAAAACUAGUUCAGAAAUUAUUAGUGAAGCAAAAGCAGCUUUAAACACACCCCUAUACAUAAAGCCACUGUCCACGAAUAGGCCGUUCACCCCGCAUGAAAGAGUGUUCUUCUGUCAACGACGAACAAAUCGACCGCCUAGUGCUUUUAAGUAUUAAAAACUAAUUUUUUCGUAAUUUUUUUUUUAUAAUUGUACAUAAUUAAUAAUAUUAUAAUAUUCUUCCGUAUAUGUAUAAUAGAUUGCAACACAUACAGUUCCAGGAAAAGAAAAAAAGUAGUUGUACAAAACUACCAGCUCUCGAUAAGCCAAAAUAUACAAGUAAUAUUUUAAUUGUCUCACAAUAUUUUAAUGGAGUAUGUGUAUCCCAUUACAAUUAUUUUAUUUUUAUUAAAGACUUUAAUAAAAAACAAGUUAAUAGACAAUCUCAAAGUAGUCCACCAAGUACAACACUCCAUCGGUCCAAUUCAGAUGUGGCUGACAACUCAAAUAUAACCAAAAAUCAAAUAUCAUCAUUAUCGUUUCCACUUUCGAUUGAUGCACUUCUUAAGGUAUAGAUACUAUAUAUACUAUAUAGAUACUAUAUAUACCUAAUUCAUUUACUGAAACUGAACGUUUUGAUUUUCAUCUAUUUGGUAUUUAUCAUAUAGUUGACUUUAUACACAGCAAAAACUCAUAAGUUGUUUUUUUUCCUAUAAAUAACUUUUCUAUCAGAAAUCAAUUUAAAAUUGUAUACAAUUAUCUUGUAGAAUUUUUGAUAUAUUUGGUGCAUUGAAGAAUGAAAAUGUAAUUUUCUUAUUUUCCUUAUAACAGUAAGAUUGUUUAAAAUCAACUAGCGAGUUUUUGCUGGAUGGUUGAUAAUAUUUUUUUCUGAUUAAAUAUGAUAAUUUAUUUAAAAAUCGAAGAAAAAAAAUCAUUAUAUGAUUUAAAUUAAUAACGCAAAUUUGUGAGUAAUAUAGGUGUUAUCAUUUUAAACCAUGAAAUGUAUAACCAAUAUUUAAUUAUAUAUUUCUCAUAGGUAACUUAUUAAACUCAUAACUCAUUAAAUUCAAUAUAUUGAAAUUAUCAUCAAUAUUUUUUUUUUUUAAAUACUUUGAUUUUAGGUACAUAUGGUGUAGGUAUGAGUACACCUACCUAUCUAUAGUAGAUUUACUUGUAAAUUACAUUGUUCCCAAAAGUUGAUCCAUUGUUUUCAAGCAUUGAAUUAUCUUUGAAUCUAUUAAGCAGAUAUUUUGAUCCCAACAAUGAACAUUUUGACCAAAGUUUAUUUUACGGUUUUCGAUUUCCUGAACUGUGUUUUCCUUUUUUAACUCGAGUAGUCCUUUACUCAGUUUGUAACGCAAAUGAACAGCGUUAACGUUUGGAUAAUUUGAUUUCAAAGAAACUAAUAAUAAGUCCAUCGUCGUAGAUUCAUUAGCCCUGAUUGUUUCCAUAACAAGUUCUUUUACUCUAUCCAAGUCAAUUUUCAAGGAAGAAUUCAUCAUAAAUAAUAAUAUUAAUUAUUAUAAUGAAAAUGAAUUGGAGUAGCUAGUACCCAUGCAAAGUAUGUAACCAUAGAUACCUACUUGUAACAAUUGUAACUAUAAAAGUUGUAUAAAAAUCUGCAUUAUUAUUAUUUUAUUGUAACAGGAUGUAGAAAUCUAAUAUUAUUCCUUAUAUAGGUAAUUAUUAUACAUAUUGCCAUAUUGGUUGGUACCUACGUAAUAUUACCCAUAUUUUGGAGAGAGUAAAAUGUAAAUGUAAUGUUAAAAUGUAUUGUAAUUUAUCUAUUCAACUUAAUUUCUAAACAAAAAAAACAUCAAUUAUUUUGGUUUUAAAAUGAUCAUAUAGUUUUGUAGAUAAAAAUAUUUUUUUCAAUAUGGUUCGGUUAGGUUGCUACUUUAAAAUUAAAUUGUAAUAUAUUAAAGUUGAGGCUCAAAUUAGAUAAAAUACCAUUUUAUUAAGUUGGUAGUUGAAUAUGAUAUUUUUUUUCUAUUGUAGGUUGGAAAUUGUCAUUGCUACAUAAUGCUUAUUCUUAAUAGCAUUGAUAGCUCCUUGGUGUUGUACUGAAACUGCUCUCCUAGAUUUUGAUACCAGCUCAUUCUUUCUCAGGUCUUUCCCUUACUCCUCUUUUCGUGAAUUUAACCUUGUAAUAUGAAAUGUAAGAGCUGGUAUAUUUCGCCCCUCAGAAUAUUAUGUUCCAAGUAUUACAGUUUCCUAGAUUUAAUAACUACUAUUCAUCACUGUAACUCUGUCAACCCGAGAUAUGUUGAGAAUCCUAUGGAAAGACCACAUCUUAAAUGCUUGGAUUUUUAGAACAUCUGCUUUCUUAAAUGUCCAAGAUUCCACUCCAUACAGCAAGAUAAAGAACACAUAACACUUCAAAAUCUUAUAUUUUAAAUCCAACAGUAGAUCUUUGUUUGAAAAACUUUUCCUCAUUCUAAAAAAUGUUGGUCUAAUAAUUUCAAUACAAAAUUUGAUCUCUUUUGAGUAGUCCUUGUUACUAUUAAUCUAUGUUCCAAAAUACCUGUAUGAAUAAACUUUUUCUAUUAUGUUAUUGUUCAAGAUCAAUUUUAUUUUAUUAUUACAAUUAUCUGUUUAAUUUUUUACUAUUAACUUGAUAUUUAUACGUAUUAGUUAAAAUAAAUGGUAUAGUAGGUGUAUACUUAUGUAGGAUAUUAGUAUUAAAAAAAAUUACUUUUUUAGAACCACUACGAACAAAAUUACUAUGACCACGAGUACAUGAGUCAUGAAAAUGAAAUCAAUGAAGCAAGAGCCUUGUGUUUUGGUGUCCAUGCUGACUGUUUAUGGGUUGUAUCACUAAUUGAGACCAAAAUGAAGAAAAGUAUUGUUUUUAUCACUUAUUUUACAUAGUAUCUAUUUAAUUAUUCUUCUUCUCCUUCACCUUCAUCCCAGCUAUUAAGUUUUAACUAAAUUUAAAAACAUAUCUAUCUAAAGUUAAUACUUAACUUGCCUAUUACAUUUAAAUACAUGAUUUAGGUACUUACCUAUAUAAUAGGCGGAUCUUUUUGAUAAAUAUUUUUAAAAAAAUAUCUGUAGAGAAAGUCAUUAUUUGCAUCAAAACAAGAAUGUUUGUUUUUUUUAAGGGAAUUGACAUUUAAAAAGAAGAAAAUACAAAAGCCAAAUAUUUAUGAAAAAUAUAUAUCAUAUAUAUACACAUCAAAGGUCAUACCUGUCGGCCUUUUUUUCUUAUGCUUAGAACAUAAAUUGUUAAUUUAAAAAAAAUUUUGUUGUCAUAAUGAUCUGCAGUAGAUAUUCAGAUUUAGCAUUAACCAUUAUAUACAUUUCAAUGACUGUUAAACCUGUCAUGUAUGAUAGGCAAACAAUUAUGAUACAAUAACACUCUUGAAGAGUAUACAGAUACCAAGGUACCUAGAUAUCAAGUGUGUUAUAAAAGAUAAUUAUAUAAUUUUUCAAAUUUUCGACUCGUUAUAUAUUUAAGAUGUAUUAUAACAUAUUUAAGUAUAAUAUUAUGUAUUUAAAAUUUAACACUUGAUAUGCACCUAAUCUGAAUAUGUAUAAAUAUUAAUGUUGAUUGUAAGGCAUGAAGCCACUUGUAUUUACAAUAAUUGGAUGCAUUUAUUUGUUUUUAAUAUUUUAACGUUAACCAUUUUCGAAUAUAUUCCCAUUAGGCCUAAUCCCCUAUAAACGGUAUAAUUAUGUGUAGGUAUGUAAAUAUGAUGACCUUGAUAUGUUGAACAUUUUUAUAAUUUGUUUGUAGACUUUGAAGUCGGCGAGAUGUGUUCACUUUUAAAUAAGUUGGCGUUAUCAAUAAAACGUGAACAUUUAUCAGUCAUACGAGACGAAAACAAAAAAGAAACUAUACUCCAGACAAUAUUUAAACUGGUAAACAUUUCAACGGACGACGAACUCAUGGUCAAUUUAAUAUUAGUAUUACUUCAGGUCAGUUUGUGUUCAUAAAAAUUAUUUUGAGAAAAAAUAAAAAAGUUUUCGUACAAAUGUAUCGGUAUCAGUGGCGUAACCAGAACUUCUAAUGCCUGUGACGAAAUAUUGUAUAAAGGCCGAUCCAAUAACCAAAAAAAAAAAGGUCAUUCAAAAAGAACCUCACAUGUGUCCAAUAAUGUCUUGGGCUCUGGUCACCACUGCUAAGGCCCUUAUCAGUUGUGGGCCCGUGGCGUUUGCCCACUUUGCCCACUCAGUAUUUACGCCACUGGUCGGUAUUAUAAUAUAACACCUACACCUCUACUUAAAUUUAUAUUUUAGAUGCAAGUGACCGGAACAUAUUUGGCGACCGUUUGUAAAUUAAUAUUCAAAAUAUCCCGGUCGGACAAAAACGACAGUUUGUUCCUCAACUCUAAUGUUCUGACUCUUUUCGUGGACAUACUGGGAUUGGCCACUCCGCACGAAGACGCUGAGUCGUUGAUUUAUGGUUACGGCGCGUUAAAGUUUCUCACCAUGAAUCCGGAUCUAAUGGAACGCGCCAUGAGUAACGGUUGUCUGCCGCUCAUGCUGUUACAUUUGAAAAUGAUAAAUUUGGAGCGUACGGAACGUCAAACGUUGCCGGAAACCGUUAACCACGUAUUGUAUCAGUUGACGGGCACGCUCAGGAACGUGGUCAAUGAUCGAAAAUACUACACCGAACUUUUGUCUUCAGGCGGUUUAAUAACCAUGUACCGUACUUUAGAACUAUUUUCCUGCGAUGUCGACGUAGUUACAAACAUUUCGAGAAUCUUAAGGUUCCUAAAUACCUAUACUUAACUAUACUUACCUGAAAUAGGCUGAAAAAAUUAUUCAAAUAGAAAAUAAAAAAAAAAUCGUAUUUAGAAUGUAUUCUAAUACUUUACAAGACUAACAACAGGCAGAAAAUAUUAUUAUUUAUUCGUAAUAAUUUUUUUGUUUUGUUUUUUUUUCAUCAGUAUUCUGUCCACCGAUAGUAAAUGCUGCGAUGCACUCGUGGAAUGCUGGUCGAACGUAUCCGUAUUAAUGUCGAUAAUCGAUAAGUAUCCGGGACAAGAGGAAAUUGUAGUCCGUAUAACUUAUGCGCUAGGAAACAUAUUGUCUAAUAACGAACACGCUCGACAUCAAGUGACGUCAUAUUUUGAAUUUUAACUAUUAUAAUUUUUGUUCCUUAGAAAACAAAAAUCUUACCAAUUUACUAUUUUCGAUUGUACAUAAUAUAGUUAUACGAUACUUAUUGCUCCAUGGGGACGUUUCUGAAUUUAAUGCAAUUAUAUUUGGAAAAGGAUUUAAUGAAUAUAUCACGCGACAUCAAAUUCAACAUUGUCGAAGACGUGCUUAUAAAAGUAAAUAAAUGUAGAUUUCUCUAGUUUUGCGCACACUCGAAUAGUAUUUUACGUGCAUUUAAAGCAGCGGUUCUCAACCUUUUUUCAUUUACGCACCCCUUGACCACUCACUACUACUUUACGGACCCCCAAAUACAAUCUUAUCGUACCGCCUAGAAUGGUAUAUUAUACCUAUUGUAGUAUUAUACUCUUAUUAUACACUUAUACUAAAUCAUAUAAGUUACGAAAAACUUAUUUACAUCAUUUACAAUAUUUCACAACUAGUUUCACAAGUAAAGUUCAAUUAAUUAAACAAAUUUUAAUUUUUCCGCCAUUACGCUUUUUUUUCCGGGGACCCCCUAAUACCUUCUCGGGAACCCCUAGGGGUCCGCGGACCCCCGGUUAAAAACCACUGAUUUAAUUAAAAAAAUACAUCCUAGGAUAAUGAAGUCGGGUGCAGCCACUGUUAUAGGUAAUUUAAUGUAUAUCUGAAAGCAACGAUAAACCAUUGCUAACGAAAAAACGAUUCUGAGCUCAAUUCAGUUGAUAGUGAUGCUUUGUCAAUAACAUACAUGUCAUGUUAUGAUAAAAUAAUUAAAUAUGCAAUAUAUAUUUUCUUUAAUAAUAUUUGUUUAGUAUUGUACUGAUUUUCCUGUUUUUCCGGGUUAUCCCAUGGUUUUUCAAUUUACUGGGAAAAUCGAAAAAUUACCUUUUUAAAGUACCUCCCCAGUCAGAUUUCCUUUUAGAAAAAGUGUUAUUAUUGUAAAUCGGAGCAAAAUUGAUGGUAGAAAAGUCGUCUACAAAAAAAAAAAAUCGUAAUAUUUUACUAAUGUAUUUUGUAAAUUUUUCCGUAUUUCUUCGUUUUUCAGGAUUUUUCCCAUUUAUAAAAAAAUGACCUACCCAAAUUACCAUGGAGAUUAAAUUUCCUUUUAGAAAAUAAGCUACACUUGAUACAUCAGAGCAUUAUUUUUGGUAGAAAAGUUUGCAUAACAAAUCGAGGGAUAUUUUUCGAUUAAAAUAGUCAGAAUGAGCGAUGGCUUAGAUCUCUUGGUACACCCAAAAUGAAUUUGUUUUUUCCUGGUUUAGAGAAAAGGGAAAAAAAUCCAAAAAUCUUUUUUUCGAAACACUGGUUGGAAUUCGUGAACUCAAGGAUGAAAAUAGAUAUGUAUAAUCAUUCAGCUACGAUAAACAUACUUUAGAGAAGACAAUAAUUAAAUUAACAUAACAUAUAAUAUCCGCAUAAUGUCAGAACUUUAAAAAACUAUUUUCGAAAUAUAGUCAGUCCGCUUAAUUAAGAUUUCACCAUCGUUCUUAAAUCGGAAAUAUACAUAUAUGGAAAAACAAAAAUUACCUCUUAAAAGUACCUACUGGACAACAUUCCCUUUCAGAAAUGGUGCAUGCGUAAAUAUCUGAGCAAGAUUUUUGGUCGAAUUUUUGUACACAGUAUGAAAAAAGAAAAAAAGAAACAUCUUAGUAAAACCAAUACAUUCUUCGCUACACACAGAACUUAAAAAAGAUUAUUCGAAUUGCCGACAGGUUUUAGAAAUUUGUUGAAUUGCCUCCGACCUGCAAGUCAGAUAACUCGAAUCGUCUUCGAUAGAUAUUAUAAAAAAAAAAAUAAUAAUAAUUUGUCAAUAAUCGAUUUUAUAUUUAUUUAUAAUACUAUGACAAAUGAAAAAUGGCCUCAGGAAAAUAAUCCGAGUACGAAAAUGGCCAGAUGACAAAAUUAGACAUUUUUCUAUGGCCAAUUUUGAUUUAGCCAUUAUUACCUACGAUUAUUAUUAUUUAUUAUCAUCACGGUACAUUAAGUUCUAAGUACAAUAGAUAAUAAUUCAAUACAUAAUUUUAAAUAAUAAAAUAGGAGGAAUAUUUUUUUCUCUUGUCAUUUUUGUAUUUGGCCAUUUUUACGUAGACUUCCAAAUUAUAUAGAAAGAGUAUGGACGAUGAGGAAAAUAAAUUUUAAAACCACUACGCCGCGGUGCACGAUAUAAUUAUUUUAAAUUUGUACACUUCAUUUUUCUACUAAAAAAAAUCUAUUCUAAGAUAAUGGGGACGGGUGCAGGCACUGUUGUAUAUGAGAAGUUGGGGAGGUAGGAUGUAGAUGGGAAUUUAAUGUAUAUCUGUAAGCAACGAUUGCUAACAUAAACAAUAAACAUCAUUAUUGUAAAACCAUAAGCUUCUUUGCUCCACUCAAAAUCAAAAACUAUUGUGUUAUUUAAAUAACCGCAGUUUAACGAGCUACAAAAAAAAGGCAUCAUUGAGCGAUUUUUUUUUAAUUUUUCCCCCGGGUGUGAAAACUCCUAGAUCGGGCUCCGCCCUCGACGUACCCCUGUGGAAAUCCACGAUAACCCCUCCCCUCCUCUGGGGCGAUGAAAGUCUGAAAUAAACGCUUUAAUUGCACCGCGUAUUAUAAUAUAAUAGGUGAUACGGGUCGUGGUAAACAUGAGCAUACAACCGGAAAUCGGUACGAGAUUGGUGAUGGCGACAGACGACGACAAUCAUCCGGUUCACAAAGUAAAGGAGUGCGAACAGUUUUUGGAUUCUCUGUUGACCAUACUCAGGCGGAAGUCCAUUGACGAAAACGAAGAACUCGUGCUCGCCGCGUUGGCGGCUCUGAACAACUUGUCGUAUUACGCGGACAUGUCGGACACGAAUCGCGGCCCGUUUGGCGCGCGUCAAUUGGACAUAACGCAAGGUAACACGUCUUAUACGGAGUGAUACAUAUAUUAUAAAACACUCGUUAUUUCGGAAAGUAUUAACUUUUUUUUCGUUAUUUAUUUUGUAGAACAUUUAAGAAACACGCAGCUCUACAAAUUUACAUUUAUGUUAUUUUUUGUCUUAAACUUAUUUUUAGUGGUGAAACCACUACUUACUUUUUAUUUUCAAACGGUAACCUAUAUUAAAAAGUCCACAAAUAAACGGAGUAUUAAUUGAAAUAAAUUUUGAUGUUGACAUUUUUGAUUUCUAUCAAUCGGGUUGACGAGAUAUUCCACUUUUAAGUAUUGGUUAAUAAUGAGUUUAAAAAAGUUUUAUGAUAGGUGUCUUAUGAUAGAUUGAUCACUCCAUAUAACGAUUAAUUAGAUUAUAGGCGCAGUAUAACUAGAUUGCGUUAUUAUUUAUAAUCUAACCGUUCCAACUCGUAGACAAUAAUUUGAUCGUUGUUUUAGCGUUGGGUCUGCUGCUGUCGACGAGAAAUCAUUUGUGUAAAGUAGAAGUGGCCAGAGUAUUUGGGAACCUCACCAGAUCAGCUGCAGUUCGAAAUUACUUACUGGAGACUAGCGGUAAACGUUAAUACAUUAAAAAAAAUAAUAAUAAUAACCAAUUUUUUAUACUAUACCGAAUCUUUUCGAAACUUUUUUCCGUCGCAAAAUGAUACAAACGAUUAUAAUGCACCUACCUGGCUAAUGACUUUUUUUUUUCAAAAUAAAGUUCCAUUAAAUAUUGUUAACUCACUGUGAGAUUUCUAUUUCUUUGUAUGGACAUCGUAGUUCGCGUAUAACGUGCGCGAAUAUCAACGAUAAACCUCGCUAUUGUUUUGAAUAAUAAUCGGUUGUAUACACGGGUACUUGUUAAUUUAUAAAUAUCUGACAAAAACUUUCAGAAUAAUUGAUGGUUUAAUUAUAACUGUGGGUACUAUAAAUGUAUAAUUUAUAAUUAGUUAAGCUUUUUGCUUAGAAUACGCACGUAAAUGAUGGAUACAUGUAUCAGUGGCACAAACAGAGGAGGGUCAACCCCUCGGAAUUUCUUCUUUCACUGAUUUAUUUUAAAUCAAAUCCUACAUUCAAUCAAUUAAAUUGAACUAUUUUAUACAACUGAAUUAAAUACAAUUUCAUUUCAUCAAAAAUCAUUUAUUCAGUAACAAUAGUGAUAGCACUGUACCGGUAGUAUGUGCUAUCCCAUCUCUAGGAAAUUAUUAUAAACAAAACCCCUACUGAAAAAAAAUCCUGCAAACGCUACCGAAACGUAUUGUUUUUUUUUUUCUAAAAUUUUAUUAAAACAUAUUGUAUAAUCUACACGGACUUCACCGAUUAUCGGGGGAUUGACCACUGUUUCGACUCAGUUUUGUCUGUAUAAAUAGACGUUUUUUUUUUUUUAGCACUACGUGAAUCACAGUAAAAGUUCAUUUAACGUAAUCCGGGGUAGGUCCAUGAGUAUAGGUGAACUAGAUUACACUCCGAAAACGUAUUCUUGUGAUUUAUAUUUUAAAAAUUGUAUCGAGUUAGGUACUUUUAAUAAUUUUAUCGAUUUAAAAUCUUAAUAUUUCACUUUGUAUAAAUCACAAUAAUAUGCACAUGUUUCAGUUGGUCGGUUCUUUAAGGCCAUUUUCGUCGCGAAAUCAAUUCUUAUAUAAUUCGCCGAGUUUCGUAUCUUCUGAUAUUGUUUUUAACGAAAUCGUAUAGAUAGGCGCAUAAUUUUUUUUAGAGCUACGAAUUUAUUAUCCAUAUAAAAUACAAUAUUGUAUUGGUACCUACCUAUAAAGAUAUUAUUAUGUUAAGCGUUUACGGAUAUAAUAGAUAGACAUCAUGAAUAUGGUUUAAAAAAAAAAAAAAAAAUACUUUUAUAAUAUUCGUUUUUUUUUUUUUUUUCUAUAUCGUUCUAUUUACUCGGGUAUUUUUUUUUCCAUUUCGAUUUUGUCAUAUUAUUACGAACACCGUGCGUCUCGAUAUAUAGGAUUUAACACAUAACAAAUUUACUGAAUGUAUACAUACUAAUAUAAUAUCAUGUUCGUACGCCGACACGACUAUAUCGAUGAACAAAAACAAUACCUAGGUGAAUUAUGUAUAAUAUAAUAUGUAAAAGUACGAUAUUUAUGAAUAAAAACAUGUUCGGUUAUGGGCUGUUGCGUUGUCAUAAUAUCAUAUCGGGUGCAUAACAAUGCAUGAAAAUAGUACACACUUGUGUAUUAUAAUAUUAUUUUAUUAUGCCGAGGAGACAUUUAAGAACGGGUUUUUUUUUUUUUUUUUUUUUUCGUAUGUUACGACACUACGAGCGUUGCUGCGGGGUUAUUGACACAUUUAGGGGAAGCGUUUAUAAUACGCCUCGUCUACGUGGACCUCCCGGGAGUGAAAUUCAGUAAGCGAGAAGAUUGAUGAGAUAAUAUUAUUGUGUCGUUGCAGCGAUCGAUAUUUGUAUUGAUAUGUUAUUGGUGCGAGCACAAACGAAUGGAACAGUUUUAUCGUACGGAUAAAUUUUCAUCUAUACAGUUUAUUCGACGUUUAAAAUAUCGUACGAUAGGUAUAGGCGAUAUUAUAGCUAUUAUUUGCUAUUAUUUUUUUGCCACAAGCUAUUUUCGCGUAGAAAUUAUGUCCCUUUUUGUCGGUUUUCCUACUAUACAAACGGAUAGCGACCGGAGAUCAAUAUUGUUAUUCGACGUGUGCUUUUAUGUCUCUGAACAUAAUUUUCGAGUCGAUAAAAAUGCUUCUUACAUAAUGCAUUUUAUCCGCGGCCCGUUUUUCAGAUAUAGGUUUAUCAAAAACAAUUAUAGUCGUUUCACCUCAAAAAUAAUCGAUAAUGUUACAUUUCAGACUCGGCUUGUUUCUUAGACUGUUAAGAAAAAAGGAAAAAUGUUUUGCGAAAUAAUGAGUGUUUUACGUAUUAAAUGAAUUGCCCUGUAUAAUGUAAUAUAAUAAUAUACUUUUAAGGAAAGUAGUUUUUCAAAUGUCUAUACAGAUUUAUUGAGAUGGCAUUAUGUCUACAUGCGGGGGCGUAUUUAUUGGGGGCUAAGUCAUUGCCUCCCCUCCACGAAAUUUAAAAAAAAAAAUCUAAAGAUUAUUUCCAUGGAAGUCGCUGCAAUAAGCUAACCGGCUGGGCGAUUCGAACGCGCGUCUCCACGCGUUUCAAACGCCACGAUUUUAAAACGGAAACGCGCUUCGCUUACACAUUGGGCGCGUUUCUCAGAGAUAAAAAGCGCGCCGACACUUCGUAUUUUGUGAUGUACUAGUCUCGACGUCUUGUCGUCACUGUAUACAUCGUACAUGACUACAUGUGCAGUAGUACUUCGCGUUUCUGUCCACUGUUAUUUCGUUUAAUAUUUUUCAAUUCGGAAAGCUUAAACGGAUAGAGGCCGCGUGCGUCGUGUUCGCGCUAUACGAGGAACACGAACGAAAACAAAAAAGUGAAACGGCGACGUUUUGGGUCCAUCCGCUUAAUCCAAAAAGACCAGAAAAUGGUUCUUCAUUCGACACCCCAAGAAUGAACUCUUCAGCGUCAAACAGCUUCAUAAUAUAAUUGGAUACAAUUUGUACGGAGAUUGUCAAAGGUUGAUGGCACGACAUUGCGAAUGAACGAAAAUAAAACGCGGCCGUGCGUUAUCAAAACCGAAAAUGCAUUGAAAAUACAUUGGGAAACAUAUUGUUUAAUUAUAGCUAAGAAACGCUAAGUAACGUUCAAAAUUAAACACGCGCGUCUCACUUUCGCGUGCGGAUAAACCCGUAUAAAAGUACACGUUUAAUUUUGAACAUUAAAUUGAAUUUAAAUUUCCAAGCCAGAUUCGCACUGUUCCGGCACGGCACGGACCGUCACAGCACGUAACGUCACCACAAACCGUCCACACGUUCACACUGUUACACGGCACGACACGAAUCGUUAUAGCGCGUACAGGCAUUUGUACGUGAUUUUACUUUUUUUUUUUUAAUUAAAUUUGACUCGCCUGAUUUAAAAUUGUUAUUUUAUUUCAAUAAAUCGACAACGUAAACGGUUAUUUUUGUUUUAUUCGUUAUACCUACCCAUCUGCCUGCCUGUGAACCCGAGCGACGAGUGUAUUUAUUUUACAAAAAUUUAAAAAUUUUUUUGCACAGUGAUGUGUUUUUUUUUUCUUCGUGUCUGAAGACGCUUUUUCACAUCAGAAAGAACGCUUCAGUGUUCAACGUCAAUAUCUCGUGUUGCUUCACAAUUCUGAUAUGUUUUCUCGGGCGUUUGCCGGUACUGUGUUCGCGGUGCGCCGACACUCGACGGACCGGCGCGACAUUCGUUCGGAAUUUGUUUUGCCGGUCCGGUCCGCGUGUUGCGACGUGACGGUUGCGGUGCCGGCCGCGUCAAUGUGAACCGUCUCGGAAGCGGAAGAAAAAAAAAAAAAAACCCCACUAAUUAUAUAAUAAUUCGUCGCGCCGCCCGUGCGCGCCGUGACGGUCCAUGCCGCGCCGCGCCACAGUGUGCCGGGCCCAAUCGCGUCGUUCGAAACGUUCCCAUUUCGUUGGUAUUGAAUUCGUAUUUCGAUUUGGUCAUUUUAUCGCUCACGGGCACUGCUCUGCCGCGGGGACCGAAUACUGGGAAUCGCAGAUGCUAAUUAUAAACCCGUCGAUAACGAUCGCGGUGCGGCGAUCGCAGAGCCGCGCGGGCUUUUCCGGAAAAUUAUUUUACCGGCAAACAUUACGUUUUCGUGUGCGCCGUACGGUCCGCCGCCGCAAUGGUAGUAACCCGGCGUGUUUGUGCUUGCUACACUUUUGUUCAUACCGAACCGGGCGCACCUGUAAAGAAAGUGUUUUCAAAUCGUUUCCGUUUAUUGUCCUUUACGUUAUGUUUUCGAUUUUACCGCGUGGGGCGGUGUUUGUAAACUCGGAUCGGCACUCACCUCUCACCCGUAACAAAAUUCUGGAUACGCGCCGCCGGCAUGCGUGUCAUUGUAAUCGCUGCGCCGUACCAAUCGAGUACCCCGAUACCCGAACGGGGGGGGGGGAAACAAUGCGAGUACUAAUUUUGAGUCCGCGGUUGGAAAACCCCAACAUAUACUUUACCGAGUCCGAGGAUUGUUUCGAGUAAAAUGGAUAAUCAACCAGCAAUAAUUUAUGAACACGACACGGAGAUGGCUACGCGAUAUCGUUCACUAUUAUUGUUAUCGCCGUUGGACAGUGUAAUGUCAUUUCGUACACGCGGCCAAUAUUAUAACACGAUUCGAAUGCAUACAAUGUGCAUCACGCGCGUUGUUAUCAAUAUGAGAAAUAUAAUUUUAUCACCUAUUUUCAUUAUUUAAUUACGCGCAAGCAACAUCGAAAUUAUCCAUAAUUAUAUUGUGUUUUUAGCAGUAUAAAAAAUGUAAUUUUGAUAUUUUUAUUAUUAUUUUUUAGAGUUUGACGGUACUCAAUUAGUAUAUACCUAGAAAAAAAACCCGGGACUCAAUUCGUCCUAAAAGGUUUUAUUGAGAUUCAGUUCGUAUGCAGCCAUUAUACUGGCGUCUCGCUUCAGUGGCGUAUAGCCAGGAUUUUGAAUUGGGGGAGGGGGCAAAUACGUUAUUGCGGUUUAGAUCACGGGCGUAUACGUAAGGAAGGUUUGAAAAAUUUAGAAAAGUGUUUUCAUUAAGAGGAUGUUACACGUGCAUUUGUUGUUUCCGUCUUAUAAACAUAAAAUAUAGUAAAAACAUGCGUACGCGGACUACACAGAAUUCGUUUAGUUUUGGUUAUAGAGUAAAAGCACCUGAAAUGAAUAGAGAACAAUAUUCCAGAGGGCAAAACGAUGCAUUUUUUUGUAAAUGUUUUUUUUUUUUUUUUUUUUUUUAAAGUUUGUGCUAAUUAAAAAACGUUUAAAAAGUCGUUAUUUAUAAACGGUAGAUUGACUGUUAUGUUCAGAGAAAAAACGCAACAUCUUGCCCUCCGGAAUAUUGUUCUCUUUUGAUUUUAUAACAAGUUUUUUUUUCUGUAAAACCAAUAUUAAGUGAGUUCUGUGUAGUCUUCGUAAGCAUGUUUUAACUAUUUCGCGCGUUUGUAAGACGGAAACAACAAAAUGCACGUUGUGUACCGUCCUCUUAAUGUAAUGAUGUCAUAAACUCUAAACAACAGUUGAUUAAAAAAAAAAAAAAACCAACUCAAUAACGAAAUGAGAAUAUUAUGUAUUGACAUAUUGUCUUGUAACUGUAUAAUACCUAUUUAUUACACCCGUUACGAGCAAAGAGGGCGAUUUUCUUUAAAUACACGUUUUUAUACGCGGAGAACGGCCUUUCGGAAGCGGAAGAAAUAAUCGAAAACGCGUAAUUAACACUCGCGUCGUUAAAAUAAAAUACGCACGAAAACGGCCCGUAUAGGGAGGACCGUGACCCUGGCUCGGACACUCCAUAGAUAACAAAGGAAUGGAUAGGCCGCAACUACGACGACGGUCGUAAGCGAGGCGUCGUUCCCGGAGGGGCGGUAAACUGAGGAGAUUUGAUCAUCGUUGAUCAUCGCGCUGUGUACGGUAGAUAAAACACCUUGCUUUACGAAACUGCAGUACGCAACUGCACCCGCCCCUCUUGAAAUACUGAUAUGGUGUACAUGGAUAACCUAUCCAUAACAUCCGUAUUAUCCGCGCGUCUCGCAGCUUGAUACUAUGCACGUUUCAGGGCUGUUGGCGGUCACCAACUUUUUGGACAGCGCCGACAAGGAACUGCUGGUCGUCUGUUGCGGCGUGUUGGUCAACAUGACGUCCGACGAGAGCAAUCGAGAAGCGUUCAAAAACUACAACGGCGUUUCGAAAAUGGUAAACAUACUCGGAUCGUCGGGCGAACGCGAUUGGAACCUUUCGGCGCUCGUUUGCCAGACCCUGUGGAACGUGUGUUCGGGAAGUGACAGCUUUCCCGGCGAUCCUAUGGCCGUACUCGAUACUCUAGUCAAACUCACGGGUAAUGCGUAUUAUUGCGUAUUUUUUUAUUUUUUUUUUUUUUUUUUUUUACAACCGCGGGCGGGCGCAGGGAAGAAAGAAAAACGCGUGAAAUUGUACAGAAUACAAUUUAUUAUUAUUGUUUCUCUGUAAAAUUAUUAUACUUUAUGAUAUUAUUAUUAUUAUGUCCGUGUAUUAUAUUAUUAUUAUUAUUAUUUUUAUUAUAUAUAGACGAAGAACAAUUAUUCGGUGAGCUAUUGUCGUCGCCGGCGGACGAGGAGAAAGUGGCCGAGUACAAACAGUGGGAAGAUUUCGCUUCCGUGGCUACCAAUCUUUUAGAAUGGUUAGACGAACUGUUGGAAGGAAGACUCGGUAACGUAGACGAUAAUUAA